GAUUUUCCCCCCGCAGCCCGGCUUCCCCUGCAGCUCCGCCUCCGCGAGGAGUGCUCACCUCUGCAAAUUUCUCGCGCCUCACAGCUGUGUUUUCGCGGAGCGGAGCCGAGCGCAGCGGCGCCGAGCAGAGCGCAGGCGAGGCAGGGGGUCCCGGGGAGCAGAGUCGCCGGCAUGACGGCCGAGCAGCGGCGGAAUUUGCACGCCUUCCGCGGCUAUGUCAGCAAGAUCCUGGACCCUACCUACAUCCUGAGCUACAUGACCCCCUGGUUUAGGGACGAUGUGGUGCAGCAUAUUCAGGCCGAGAAAAACAACAAGGGACCCAUGGAGGCUGCCUCACUUUUCCUCCAGGUCCUAUUGGAGCUCCAGGAGGAAGGCUGGUUCCGUGGCUUUUUGGAUGCCCUUCACCAAGCAGGUUAUUCUGGACUUUGUGAAGCCAUUGAAAGUUGGGAUUUCCAAAAAAUUGAAAAAUUGGAGGAGUAUAGAUUACUUUUAAAGCGUUUACAACCCGAAUUUAAAACCACAAUCAAUCCAAAAGAUAUCCUUCCUGAAAUAUCUGGAUGUUUAAUUAGUCAAGAAUGUGAAGAAAUUAUUCAGAUAAGUUCCAACAAGGGGCUGAUGGCAGGUGCAGAGAAAAUGAUUGAAUGCCUUCUCAGAUCAGACAAAGAGAACUGGCCCAAAACGUUGAAACUUGCACUGGAGAAAGAAGAGAGCAAGUUCAGCGAACUGUGGAUGGUAGAGAAAGGUGCAGAAAAUGUUCAAAUGAAAGAUCUUGAGGAUGAUGAAAUGAAAACUUUGGACAUACAGAUUGUCUACAAGGAAGAACCAGAAAACCAGAAUCUUAGCCAGAAUCCCUGUCCUUCUUCAGAAGUGCCUCCUGCUUAUAGCCCAUUGAAACCAAGAAAUUUCCAACUAGAGCUCGCUUUACCUGCUCAGAAGGGAAAGAAUACAAUAAUAUGUGCUCCUACUGGUUGUGGAAAAACCUUUGUUGCCCUUCUUAUAUGCGAACAUCAUCUUAAGCAAUUUCCGCAAGGACGCAAGGGGAAAGUUGUCUUUUUUGCUGUUCAACUCCCGCUGUAUGAACAGCAGAAAUCUGCGUUCUCAGAAUAUUUUGAAAGACUUGGGUACAAAGUUUCAGGCAUUUCUGGAGAGAUAGCUGACAGUGUCUCUGUGGAACAGAUUGUUGAGAACAAUGACAUCAUCAUUUUAACACCACAGAUUCUUGUGAACAGCCUUAAAGAUGGGACUAUCCCAUCACUCUCCAUCUUUACUUUGAUGAUAUUUGAUGAAUGUCACAACACCAAUAAAAACCAUCCAUAUAAUAUGAUCAUGUUUAAUUAUCUAGAUCAGAAACUUGGAGGAUCUUCAGACUCACUGCCCCAGGUCGUUGGGCUGACGGCCUCAGUUGGUGUUGGAGAUGCCAAAAAUGAAGCCGAAGCCACAGAAUAUAUCUGCAGACUGUGUGCUUCUCUCGACACGUCAGUGUUAACAACAGUCAGAGACAACUUGGAGGAACUGGAGGAGGUUUUUUAUAAGCCCCAGAAGUUUUUCAGGAAAGUGGAAUCACGGACUACAGACAAAUUUAAAUGCGUCAUAUCUCAGCUGAUGGCAGAGACAGAGGCUCUAGCAAAGAGUAUCUUUGAAGAACUUGGGACCGUAACUCUUGAAAACUUAUCUCGCAUUCAAAAUAGGAAUUUUGGGACACAGAAAUAUGAACAGUGGAUUAUCGCAGUUCAGAAAGCGUGCAUGGUGUUUCAGAUGCCAGACAAAGAUGAAGAAAGCAGAAUUUGUAAAGCCCUGUUUUUGUACACAUCACAUUUGCGGAAAUACAAUGAUGCCCUCAUUAUCAGUGAGGAUGCACGGAUGAAAGAUGCUCUGAAUUACUUGAAAAACUUCUUCAGCAAUGUCCGGGCAGCAGGAUUUGAUGCAAUUGAGCAAGAUCUCACUCAGAGAUUUGAAGAAAAGCUGGUGGAACUAGAAGAUAUUUCCGUGGAUCCCAGCAAUGAGAACCCUAAACUCAAAGAUCUCUGCUUCAUCUUGCAAGAGGAAUACCACUUAAACCGAGAGACCAGAACCAUCCUCUUUGUGAAAACCCGAGCACUAGUGGAUGCCUUAAAGAAGUGGAUUGAAGAAAAUCCUAAACUCAGCUUUCUAAAACCUUGCAUAUUGACUGGACGUGGCAGAACAAAUCAGACAAUGGGAAUGACCCUCCCAGCACAGAAGUGUGCAUUGGACGCAUUCAGAACCAACAGAGACAGCAAGAUUCUGAUUGCUACCUCGGUUGCCGAUGAAGGCAUUGACAUUGCUCAGUGCAAUCUGGUCAUCCUCUACGAGUAUGUGGGCAAUGUCAUCAAAAUGAUCCAAACCAGAGGUAGAGGAAGAGCAAGAGGGAGCAAGUGCUUCCUUCUGACUAGUAAUGCUGAUGUAAUCGAAAAAGAACAACUGAACAUCUGCAAAGAAAAAAUGAUGAAUGACUCCAUUUCAAGCCUGCAGAGAUGGAAUGAAGCAGUAUUUAAGGAAAAGAUUCACCAGAUACAGGUUCAAGAAAAAUUAAUCAGGGAUAAUCAAGGAAAAGUAAAACCUGUUGUUGAUAAGAACAAUAAAAAACUGCUCUGCGGAAAGUGCAAAACCUUUGCGUGUUACACAGCUGAUAUAAGAGUGGUGGAGGAAUGCCAUUUCACUGUGGUUAGAGAUGCUUUCAGGGAGUGCUUCGUGACUAAGUCACAUCCCAAACCGAAGAAAUUUGGGAAUUUUGAGAAGAAAUCUAAGAUCUUCUGUGCCAGGAAGGACUGCCUCCAUGACUGGGGAAUUCACAUGACGUACAAGACAUUUGAGAUUCCAGUUAUAAAGAUCGAAAGUUUUGUGGUGGAAGAUGUUGCGACUGGAGCUCAGACACUAUAUUCAAAGUGGAAGGACUUUAAUUUUGAGAAGAUCCCAUUUGAUGCUGCAGAAAUGUCUGCUGGUGCUCAGGACCUCAAUCUGCAGGCAAUGAAUGGCCUUGAAUGAAGAAAUUAGACCUGUGGGUAAAUCAUGGAUCUCUUUGUACUACGGUCAAAUUAUUUUUCCUAUGGCUUGUACCAUACUGAGUAUUUAUCACUCAACUUCUAUUCGUUUUCAGCAGUUUGUACUGAUACUAUAUCAUGUCUGUCAAGCAGAAGGGAGUGGAUUAGAGCACUCGAUUCUCUGUUGGCCGGGAGAGCUUGGGAAAAAUGAAUAAGCCUUAA